CAAUAUGAAAUAAAGAUGAAAAUAUAUACUAUAUAUAGAUUUUUUAAUCUUUUUACUGACUCCGUGUUUGGGUUUGGAACCGCAGUAACUUCAGAACAUCUAAAAACAACAUCUCCCAGAGUGCUUUUGGAGAAGGGCUGUACCCGGGCAGAGUCCGUGUGCACUGGGGUGUGUCCCACACACGCGCAGCCACACGCUCACGCGCACAACGUAGAGUUUUUCCGAGUGGGUUUCUGCAGUCAGCCCUUCUUCUCUUCCUCUCUUCUGCCCGGAUCUCACUGCCCGCUCACCGAGCUUCAUCUGACGGCUGCUACUCAGCGAUUUUCUUUUUCCGCACACAUUCUCACAUCCAAGACCGACAAAAUGGCCAGCAGAGGAACUGUAAAAGCCAGUUUGAACUUCAAUGCCACUACAGAUGCUGAGGCCCUGUACAAGGCCAUGAAAGGGCUGGGAACCGAUGAGGCUGCCAUCUUGCAGCUGUUGGUAGCUCGCAGCAACGCCCAGAGGCAGCAGAUCAAGACCGCCUACAAAACUCUGUUUGGAAAGGAUCUGGUAAAUGACCUGAAGAGCGAGCUGACUGGCAAAUUUGAGACCCUGAUAGUGAAUCUGAUGACCCCACCCCUCGCUUACGAUGUGACAUUGCUCCACAACGCCAUCAAGGGGGCAGGAACCAACGAGAAGGUGCUGGUGGAGGUCCUCGCCUCCAGAACACCUCAGCAAGUGAAGGACAUUGUCACAGCCUAUAGACAGGAGUAUGAUGCCGUCCUGGAGGAGGAUAUAGCCGGUGACACUUCAGGACACUUCAAGAGACUUCUGGUUAUUCUGCUGCAGGCGAACAGGCAGCAGGGGAUCCAGCAGGAAUACAUAGAGGUUGAUGCUCAGGCCCUCUUCAAGGCAGGAGAGCAGAAGUUCGGCACUGAUGAACAAUCGUUUGUCACCAUCCUGGGAAACCGGAGUGCAGAACAUCUUAGGAAAGUAUUUGAUACAUACAUGAAGUUGGCUGGAUUCGAGAUGGAGGAGAGCAUUAAGAGGGAAACAUCUGGCAGCCUGAAAGAUCUGCUUCUGGCUGUCGUGAAGUGUGCCAGGAGCGUUCCGGCCUAUUUUGCGGAGACUCUGUACUAUGCGAUGAAGGGUGCAGGAACAGAUGAUGACACCCUGAUCAGAGUGAUGGUGAGUCGCAGUGAGGUGGACAUGUUGGACAUCAGAACUGAGUUCAGGAGGAUGUUUGCCUGCUCUCUGUUCUCCAUGAUCAAGGUACACACACACACACACACACACACACACCACACACACACACUCACACUCACAUAGAGUAAGUUUCUAUAC